AUGGCGCAUCGCGCAUAUCUAACUGAUGUCCAACAACUCUAUCGGCUGAUUGAGACGUCUACGAACGGUCAGGCGUCCAUGAUUUCAGUCGAUGAAAUGUCGGUGUUGAUCUCGCUUCAUCCCAAAUCUGGUUACAACGCGCACGCUGAUUUUGCUGUGGAAGUGAGUGCCUGUGAACCAAGUAGUGGUGAUAUUUCGGAAAUUCACUGCCCCAUGUCAUAUCCGAGAGACUGUCCAUGGGUGACAUUUAAAUCACCAAUCUUCCAUCCCAAUAUCGACAAUUCAUCGGGCAGCGUUUGUCUAAACCUGCUCUAUGAUUGGGUUAGCUCCUUCAAUCUGCUAGAUGUGGUAAAGGCUCUUCUUUACCUAAUCGCCAAUCCAAAUUUCGACUCGCCAAUCGGCCAGUUUGGAUCCCUGGUGAACAGGAGCCUGCUAGCGAAGAAGACAAUGCGGUUACUGGCUGGUCUGCCUGUGAACGGUAAACGGUUUGCGCCAAACAAGGCGUGGUGCGAAUGGGCAGAGGCCAAUGGCUGCCUUCCGACUGAUGAGGAAGAGGGUGAUGAUGAUGACGAUGUUGCCAGUGGUGAGGAUGUCUGUGAUGUCGCUGCAUUCGUGGAAGGUGGCAGUGCAGAAUGGGACGGUGGUGGAGCCGUGUUCGGCGAAAAUGUCCUUUCCUUUGCCAACAUUCGAUUCCCCGUUGAUCAAGACAUAGAAUCACAAUUAUCGGUUUUCGAUGAACGCCAAUAUACAAAUAAGUUGGUUGAGGCACAGCGCAUUGUAAUUUGGCCUCCCGCUAAUAGUCCUAAGGCAAAUAUCCCCUCAGUAUUCUACUACUGCGAACUUGUCUGUGAUGGCUUCUAUCAGAAUGAACUAGUUAAACCUAGCAACAGACCGUUCACUGACGAUAUUGUGUUGCCCAUGCAAAGCCAUCUCAAAUCGAGACAAAAAUCUAGUCUUUGUCCGUGGUACAGCUUCUACCGCCAAGAGCACUCUUGGUCUCACUCGAAUUUCACUUCUGUAAUCGACCUGAGCUUCCUGUUUCGUGAGAAGACUGUUACCAGGCCGCGACGUUUGUUGUUGACCGACGACUUUUGUCCAUGGUCGUAUUGGGAUGGACUAGGUACUUUCGGCAUCUUGGAAGGGCUGUUUUCGGAGAAACCUCAACGACGCCGAAACUCGACUGGGAGCACAUCUACAGAAAACGAUGUAGGUGGCUAUGAAAUGGCGUUCCUUUUCAACACCAGUGAUGAUGAAAAUGACGAAGAACUCACAAAGUUAGCAAACGGAGAAGAAGAGAAGGCGGAAAAGGACGAU